CAUUGGCGCGGCUCAUGUACAACAACACAACUCUAGGUUCACGAAGAAAAAGAAAACACAAGAAGUGUGUGUUUUUAAAUGGUUGUACAGAUUCAUCACCUAUUUUAAAAUGAAUGGGUAAUUACAGCUAAAUCCUGCACUAUGGUGGUGUUUCAGAGAUUUCAGCGGCUUCAGACGUUGUACUUUGCUUCCCUGCGGCUAAAACCACACACCUGCAAUGUGACUGUCCAUAAAACCAUCACAGCAGGGCGGGGACAUCUGCGAGGUGCACACGAAGCCGCCCCGACUCGCCGCCCCUUCUCCCGGGUCACGCCUGACGACAUCAACUUCUUCACCCGACUUCUCCCUGGAAGAACCGUCACAGACCCGGACGUGUUGGAGUCCUGCAACAUGGACUGGCUCAAGUCGACAAAAGGUAGUAGUGAGGUUCUGUUACGGCCCAAGACGACAGAGGAGGUUUCUCAGAUCCUCAGGUACUGCAAUGAGAGGAACCUUGCUGUGAGUCCUCAGGGUGGAAACACGGGGCUGGUGGGAGGCAGCGUUCCCGUGUUCGACGAGAUCAUCCUGUCCACCGCACUCAUGAACCAAGUCCUCACCUUCGACAGCAUCUCGGGGAUUCUGACGUGUCAGGCGGGCUGCGUGUUGGAGAACCUGUCUCAGUACGUGGAACAGCAUGACUUCAUCAUGCCUCUAGAUCUGGGAGCAAAGGGAAGCUGUCACAUCGGGGGCAACGUGUCCACCAACGCGGGCGGACUUCGACUACUGCGCUACGGCUCCCUUAGAGGGACGGUUCUGGGCCUGGAAGUGGUGCUGGCAGACGGCAGGGUCGUGGACUGUCUGGCGAAACUCCGCAAGGACAACACGGGCUACGAUGUGAAGCAGCUCUUCAUCGGGUCGGAGGGAACGCUUGGUGUGAUCACCGCAGUGUCGAUCCUCUGUCCACGGAAACCCAAAUCCGUAAACGUGGCCUUCUUAGGUUGCUCCAGCUUUCAGAAGCUUCUGGAGACGUUUCAGAUUUGCCGGGGGAUGCUGGGUGAGAUCCUCUCGGCUUUCGAGUUCCUAGACACCGCCUGCAUGAGCCUGGUGGAGAACCAUCUCAGGCUCUCCAACCCCAUCGCUGAGAGUCCUUUUUACAUCGUGAUCGAGACGGCAGGAUCCAGCCCUUCACACGAUGAGGAAAAACUGCACAAAUUCCUAGAAAGGGUCAUGGCGUCUUCGCUGGUCCAAGACGGUACCGUAGCAACAGAGGAGACUAAAAUAAAGGCUCUCUGGUCUGUUCGAGAGAGGAUCACCGAGGCUUUAAGGCACGACGGAUACACCUACAAAUACGACAUCUCUCUUCCCCUGGAGAAGAUCUACGAUCUGGUCACUGACAUGAGAGCACAUCUGGGAAGCCAAGCCAAAAACGUAGUGGGCUAUGGACACGUAGGUGACGGCAAUCUUCAUUUGAACAUCACGUCUCCCGCGGGAGACGCGGCGCUUCUGGAGGCCAUCGAGCCGUACGUGUACGAAUGGACGCGCAAGUGGCAGGGAAGCAUCAGUGCCGAACACGGUCUCGGGCUCAAGAAGAGAAACUACAUCUACUACAGCAAAUCUCAGGAAGCCGUGCGCCUCAUGGCGGACUUUAAGACCAUGCUGGACCCUAAAGGGAUACUCAACCCAUAUAAGACACUUCCUGAUAACGUUCGCUGAAUCAUAGAUGCUGCUGUCGUAGCUUUACAGUAUCGAGUCCAACACUUUCACAAAAUCACAGUAUAAAUAACACUAAUAAGACUUAAACAUAGCAUUGAAAAAGAACAGUGAUGUCAGGAUAAUUGAAGAUGAGCUCAAGUGCAAAAUGAAGGAUAUAAGAAAAGUUGUUUUUGAAGGGUGUUGAAACAAACAAACAAACCCAGAAAGCACUUAAUCGGCUUUAAACCCAGCGAGAUUUUAUUGUAAUGUCUGUAAAUACACUGGAUUGUGUGUUUUCUUAUCCAUGAAUCCAUUUGGGCAAUAAAGAGAAUUAUUUUGGUUGUAGUGAAGGAUUUUUUUUUUUUUUUUGCCGGUAAAAUGUGCAUAUUGAAUUCACAUAUCCUUUUAUUAAAAAAAAAAAAAAAAAAAAGAA